AUGAAAUUACCCACUCAAAUCAUGGAUCACUAUGCAGUAUUGGGAGUUCCUCGUUCAGCCUCCAAACAACAAAUUAAAAAAGCCUAUUAUGCAUUAGCAAAAAAGUACCAUCCCGAUGCCAAAAAACCUUCUUCAACGAAUAAUAAUUCCAUCAUGAAUGGAGUGGUGACCAACAAUAAUGCUUCCGAACUCAUUUCCGAUUCUGGAAAACCAUCCAAUUCGGCAGUACUUUCAUUGGAAGAUGAGCAGGCAUGGCUCGAUAUUCAGGAUAGUUAUGAAUUAUUGAGUGAUGAAGAAAAGAGAGCAGAAUACGAUCGGGAAUUGGAUAUUGGAACACAUUUUGGAAGAAUUAUGAAUAGUUCGAGUAGUAUUUUCGGAACCAAUCUCAAUACGGUUGCCUAUGAUUCAGCCAUGAGGAGGAAAAUGUAUCAUUACAUUCAUCAAUCGGAUCGAUAUCAAUCACGAAAGGAAGAUGUUGAAAAUUUGAGUGAAGAAGAAAAGGUAUUUAGAGAACAAAUGCAUCGAUUGAAUCAAAAGAAAACUCGAGAAGAGGAUGAAAAGAUUUCGUCUCACUUUUUUGACGAAUCGAAAACAGAGUGGAAUCAAUUCAUGCACAACAAACCAAAAUUUAGUCCUUUUCAAGUGGAAAUGGAGAGAGAGGAAAUGGUGAAGCGAACGAAAAGAAGAAUUCCUUUUUAUGCUGCCUUGUCAUUGGGUGUUUCUUUAGUGAUUGGAUAUGAAUUGGACAAGUUCAGUAAGAAGGAGUAUGCAAGUGAUUUGGAAAAGAGAAUGUUGUUGAGAUAUUAUAAGGAGGCUGGAGCAGUUCGAAAUGAUCGACUUAUUAAAUAG